UCUGAAGACUUCCCGUGCCCAAGAGAAGGAUGCCCUGAGGAAGUUAGAUCGUCUGAAUGACUACGAGCAGCAGAUUGAAACGCUGCGGGAUGAGAUUUCUAUCCUGGAUGCCCAAAAAUCUGUUCUCCAGAGCAGGCUUGCACGGAGCUCCUCUCCUUCCCCAAGGCGCGGUGAGAGCAGGUCAUCUAGUCCACUUCCCCUGAGGAGCUGCUCACCUGGCCGAGCCAGACGUACAAAUGCUUCGCGUCGCACCUGCCUGGUAGCUCGCUUUGGUGACAUUUAUGCUCAAGAACGUGUGGAUGCAGAGACCAUUUUGAGGACGUACAUCAGUGACUUGGAGAUGGUCCAGAGGAUAAUAUACAUUGCAGCUGUGGAGUCUUUUCAUGCAGCAAAGAUGGCGUAUAGGCAGUUUAAAAUACGUGUAAGAGAGACCCUGUCUCUAGGUCACUCUGGGCCUGAGUCUCUUGAAGACGCUGUCCUGGACUACAUACUUCGUCAUGAGGAUCUGUAUGAUGUUCAAGCCAGUGUCAAUGAAGUAAUUCGCUCCAUGAACAUCAACCCAAAGAUUUCAUUUCCACCAGAAAUUGAUUUCAUUGUGAUCAGCAGUUUGAUUCGAGAGUUGUGCCGUGUGGCUUUUUCGAUGCAAACACUCAUUCCUCCUCUUGAUGUUGCUUUUGGUACUGAUGGAGAACUUUUCAGUGAGACCAAGUACCAUCGUAGUUUUGACUCUGAUUUCACAGCUGCCUUGGUGGCCUAUCAUGUAUGGCCUGCUCUGAUGGAAAAUAAUGUUGUAAUUGUGAAGGGAGAGGCAGUCACAAAAAGAGGAGCUCUGUGGUCUCACAGAAGCAGAAGUAGAGGCAGAAGCCGCAGCCGUAGCCCUAGUCCUCUUCUAUCUCGUCAUUUGUCUCGAGGCCAUAGUUCUUCACCACGGAGAAGCGGAAGCCCAA